GUCGACCCUGCCGCGGCCAUCCGGGCCAUUCGUGGAGGGCUCAAUCGUCCGCAUCGCCAUGGAGAACUUCUUAACAUAUGAUAUCUGUGAAGUGUCUCCUGGGCCCCAUCUGAAUAUGAUUAUUGGAGCUAAUGGAACAGGGAAGUCAAGCAUAGUGUGUGCCAUUUGCCUUGGACUAGCAGGCAAACCUGCGUUCAUGGGACGUGCAGAUAAGGUUGGGUUUUUCGUGAAGAGAGGAUGUUCCAAGGGUUUGGUUGAAAUUGAACUGUUCAGGACUUCGGGAAAUCUUGUAAUCACCCGUGAGAUUGAUGUGAUAAAAAAUCAGUCCUUUUGGUUCAUCAACAAAAAACCUGUAACCCAGAAAAUAGUGGAAGAACAAGUUGCAGCCUUAAACAUCCAAGUGGGAAACCUAUGCCAGUUCCUGCCUCAGGACAAAGUCGGGGAAUUUGCUAAACUCAGCAAAAUUGAACUACUUGAAGCCACUGAGAAGUCAAUUGGUCCUCCCGAGAUGCACAGAUACCACUGUGAACUUAAAAACUUCAGAGAGAAGGAGAAACAGCUAGAGACCUCCUGCAAAGAGAAAACUGAAUAUCUAGAGAAAAUGGUUCAGAGAAAUGAAAGAUACAAACAAGAUGUGGAAAGAUUCUAUGAACGAAAGCGACAUUUAGAUUUAAUUGAGAUGCUUGAGGCAAAGAGACCAUGGGUGGAGUAUGAGAAUGUACGGCAGGAAUAUGAAGGUGUAAAGCUAGUUCGUGACCGAGUGAAAGAAGAGGUCAGAAAGCUUAAAGAAGGGCAAAUCCCUAUGACUCGCCGAAUUGAGGAGAUUGAAAGGCAGCGUCGUACUCUGGAAACUCGAAUCAAAGAAAAGGCAACUGAGAUUAAGGAAGCCUCUCAGAAAUGCAAACAAAGGCAAGACAUUAUAGAGCGGAAGGAUAGACAUAUUAAGGAACUUCAGCAGGCCUUAACAGUCAAACAGAAUGAAGAGCAUGACCGGCAGAAGAGAAUAAGCAACACCCGCAGGAUGAUAGAGGACUUGCAGAAUGAGCUCAGGACUGCAGAGAACUGUGAGAACCUUCAGCCUCAGAUUGAUGCCAUCACAAAUGAUCUGAGGCGAGUUCAGGAGGAAAAGGGAUUAUGUGAAGGCGAGAUCAUUGAUAAACAAAGAGAAAAGGAGAUGCUAGAGAAGCAGAAACGGAGUGUGAGUGAUCAUAUCAUACGUUUUGACAAUCUUAUGAAUCAAAAGGAAGAUAAGCUGAGACAGCGGUACCGGGACACAUACGAUGCAGUAUUGUGGCUGAGAAAUAACAGAGAUAGGUUUAAGCAAAGAGUCUGUGAGCCCAUAAUGCUCACGAUUAAUAUGAAAGAUAAUAAAAAUGCAAAAUAUGUUGAAAAUCAUAUUUCAUCAAAUGACUUAAGAGCCUUUGUGUUUGAAAGUCAAGAAGACAUGGAGGUUUUCCUCAAAGAGGUUCGUGACAAUAAGAAGUUAAGAGUAAAUGCUGUUAUUGCUCCCAAGAUUUCAUAUGCAGACAAAGCACCCUCAAGAUCUCUGAAUGAGUUAAAACAGUAUGGCUUUUUUUCAUAUUUGCGAGAGCUAUUUGAUGCACCUGAUCCUGUGAUGAGUUACCUUUGCUGCCAGUAUCAUAUUCACGAAGUUCCUGUGGGAACUGAGCGGACCCGAGAAAAAAUUGAACGGGUAAUACAAGAAACUCGGUUAAAACAAAUUUAUACAGCAGAAGAAAAGUAUGUGUUAAAAACUUCUUUCUAUUCAAAUAAAGUUAUUUCUAGUAACACAUCCCUGAAAGUAGCCCAGUUCCUCACUGUCACGGUGGAUCUAGAGCAAAGAAGACACUUGGAAGAACAGCUGAAGGAAAUUAAUAGAAAAUUGGAAGCAGUAGAAUCAGGAUUGGUGGCCUUGCGUGAUACAAACAAGCAUCUCGAGCUCAAAGACAAUGAGCUAAGACUGAAGAAAAAGGAACUUCUUGAAAGAAAAACCAAAAAAAGACAACUGGAGCAGAAAAUCAGCUCCAAGCUGGGAAGUAUAAGGCUGAUGGAACAGGAUACUUGCAAUCUGGAAGAGGAAGAACGAAAAGCAAGUACCAAAAUCAAAGAAAUAAAUGUUCAGAAAGCAAAACUCGUUACUGAAUUAACAGGUCUAGUAAAGAUUUGCACCUCUUUGCAUAUACAAAAAGUCAAUUUGAUUCUUCAGAAUACUACAGUGAUCUCUGAGAAGAACAAAUUAGAAGCAGAUUACAUGGCAUCAUCUUCACAGCUUCGUGUCACAGAGCAACAGUUCAUUGAAUUGGAUGACAAUAGACAGAGAUUGUUACAGAAGUGCAAGGAACUUAUGAGGAGAGCUAGGCAAGUAUGUAACCUGAGUGCAGACCAAGCCGUUCCCCAGGAAUUUCAGACAGCCCCACAUAUUCUGGACCCAUUCUACCAAUUCAGCAAGUACCCACCAUUCCAAAUGGACACAGCUUCACACCCCCCAUGGUAUGCUUUCCAAGAUCUUCCAAACACAUUGGAUGAAAUUGAUGCAUUAUUAACUGAAGAAAGAUCAAGAGCUUCCUGCUUCACAGGACUGAAUCCUACAGUGGUUGAGGAAUACACAAAAAGAGAAAUAGAAAUACAACAGUUAACUGAAGAACUAAAGGGGAAGAGAGUUGAACUAGAUGAAUACAGGGAAAAUAUUUCACAAGUGAAAGAAAGGUGGCUGAACCCGUUAAAGGAGCUAGUAGAAAAAAUCAAUGAGAAGUUCAGCAACUUUUUUAGUUCCAUGCAGUGUGCUGGUGAAGUUGAUCUUCAUACAGAAAAUGAGGAAGACUAUGAUAAAUAUGGAAUCCGAAUUAGAGUAAAAUUUCGCAGUAGUACUCAACUGCAUGAAUUAACUCCUCAUCAUCAAAGUGGAGGUGAAAGAAGUGUUUCUACCAUGCUGUACUUGAUGGCCCUUCAGGAGCUCAAUAGAUGUCCAUUCAGAGUAGUGGAUGAAAUCAAUCAGGGUAUGGAUCCAAUCAAUGAACGAAGAGUGUUUGAGAUGGUUGUGAAUACUGCCUGUAAAGAGAACACUUCCCAGUACUUCUUCAUCACACCAAAGCUUCUACAAAAUCUUCCUUAUUCUGAAAAAAUGACAGUGUUAUUUGUCUACAAUGGUCCUCAUAUGUUGGAGCCAAACCGAUGGAAUUUAAAGGCUUUUCAGAGGCGGCGGCGAAGGAUUACCUUCACUCAACCUUCUCAGUGAAAGAAAAGGGAGGGGACUUCAGAGGUUUUCUUUUAACUGUUUAUACGUGUGGCUCAAGUGAAUAAAAGUUAGCAGAUUUAUUGAAA